GCCUCCUCCGGAGAUGAAACACCACCACCGAGGUCACCAGAUGACCCUUCGCACGUCGAUGAACCGGAGGUCGAAGAAGGAGGAAGGGAGCUUCCCAUUCGUUGCCCUGCGUGCGAGGGCGGGGCUGAAGUGCUCUGCAACUGCACCGUUUGCAAGCGAACGCAACCACCCGCUUAUCUUCAGGUCCUUGGUGGUUCUGAGGGCGACGCUGAGGGUUCUGAGACUGAGGGAACGAUACUCGAGCCAGAGGAAGAUUUGAGCGUUAUGGGACUGUCCACGUUGGAACCGUCUGCUCGGAGCAUGAGGUUGAUGAGCGACUAUGGUACCGAUGCUGAAGAGGACGCCGAGAAACUUCGGCAUGAAAUGGUGCGAGGAGCUAGGGUUACAUUCGUCGAUGUUGAUGACCAGUCCACCGAAUCAGAUUCCGAGAGCGCCAUUUGCGACUAUUUGGAUCACUCCGUGCACUCCAUGACGAGAGCGUCUACGGUUGCCUCCAACCGAUGCACCGUCGGAGACAAUCCGCACUUGUCCAUCCUCACUGAAGCCGAUGCCGACGUUCAGAACCACGGGCGCUCGCGCUCAAACUCUCCAGUGCCACAGCAGCACGAAGAAACAUCCAGCCUUCGUAGCAGCACCCCUGAUAGCGUCGGUGUCAGUGCCUCCGUCGCCCCUCAAGGAUGUGACGAGGACGCAGAUCAGCUGUCCUCGCCCACUCCGUCCGAGUGCGGCAGCGUCCGGGACCUCAUUAAUCUCGGUGGCGACGGCGACACCCGUUCGGAGUCCCCAGAUGCAGCUGCAGAUGGUGGCGGUGGCGUCCGACCUCACUCCCCGGACGGGCAAGAUGAAUCGGUGUCGGCGCUUGCAGUUGUAGAUGGGAACGCGGUUUCAGGCGCAAACCCCCUGAGGCCCGGCCUGGAUCCGGGCCCGGUCCCGCCGCCCCGCUGGAUGUCCGCUUCGCCCGCUCCGGACUCGCCCUGCUCGACAAGCUCAUUCGACAUCCUCUCGCGGUCGAGCUCCCCGUCGUCCCCGUUCUCGUCAUCCUCCGUUGUGCUCAUCACAGCCGAGUCGCUUCCGCUCUUCGCGCGCGAGAACCGGCCCUACCUCGUCGCUUCAAGCGGCCCCGAGGGUCCGCGCUCCGAGUCCUCGACGCCGCUCCUGCUCUCGCCCGUCGCGUCGAGCAUCGACAUGCCGCCGUCUCACCUCGCUUUCGACCGGCCCCUCAUGCGGCCGCCCGGCGUGGUGGAUGACCGCACGGAGGAAUGCUCCGUCUCCCAGUGCGCAUGCGAGUCCGAGUCUGUGUCUGUGGCCGAGACCGCACCGCCAGCUGCUGGCUCCAGACUCAGCGUGCACUGUCGGAUGUGCGGACGUGACCCCUGCGAAGAGGUUACCGCGACUAUGUGCGGGCACUUGUUCUGCAAGCAGUGCAUCACGGAGGAGGUCAUUGCGCACUCGGCAUGUCCUGUGUGCAAGCAUGCGGUUCUCCUGUAUUGCCUCUUUCCGAUCGACCUCGCCAUUUGAUCGGCACGACGGAGAACUGAACAUUACUACCCCAUAGACUUGACGUUCUCUCUGACGCUUGCUCAUUCUUCUUUCUCAUUCGCUGUACACUUCGCUGUCCAAUCACUGCCGCUUUCUUGGAUCACACUCACGACAUCACCCACGAGCUUCAAAGUUAACUUCAUCACUGUAUCACCAUCUCUGUCGAUCGAUCAUGCCUCCGCACAUACAUACAUAACUACAUCAUCAUGUUUCUGAUCUGUCGUCAUCUCGCGUAUAUCUCUGUGUACAACAACGUAUAUAAUUUGCUAUCGAC